AUGGCAAAAGUCUUUACAAGUCGUGACAUAAAAACCUACGUCGACCACGUCAACCAACACGGCUACGUCAUCAUCCCCAACGCCUUCUCCCCGUCGCAAAUCGCCGACGCAAAAGCCGAACUCGCACGACUAUCCACCACACCCGACGCCGGUCCCGCGGUGGAAGCAGGCCGCAAUCCCUUCGAGGGCCUUCAGACGCAGCGCAUCUACGCCCUCCUCAACAAGUCUCGUGUGUUUGACAAUUUUGCGCUUCACUCCGCUGUCCUUGCGCUGAAUGACCACUUCCUCGACGAUGGGUACCUCGUGACUGCGUUUCAUAGCAUUAAUAUCCGGCCGGGGGAGAAGGCGCAGAGUUUACACCACGAUGAUGAGUAUAUUACUGUGCCGAGGCCGCAUCGUCCUUUUGGAACGGCUAUAAUGAUUGCAUUGGAUGAGUAUACAGAAACAAAUGGAUCGACAGUCAUUAUCCCCGACUCACACACCUGGGGCGACAGGCUGCCCAAACGCUCAGAAGCACAGUCGGUGGUCAUGCCUGCCGGUAGUAUAAUGUAUUUUAUAGGCACGCUGUGGCACGGCGGCGGGGAGAACACCUCGUCUGAAGGACGGCUAGCACUCACAGUGCAGUACUGCCAGCCCUGGAUGCGGCAGCUGGAGAAUCAGCAACUUGCGGUCGACUGGGAAAAGCUAGAUGAUAUUCCGCCGAAGUUAGUCGCCAUGAUGGGGUACAAGAACUGA